CCGUGGAUGCUGGAAAAGCGGCGGCGGGGAUGCGCCGGCUCCCCCCCUUCCUCCUCCUUCUCCUCCUCCUCCUCCUCCUCCUCCUCCUCGUCGCCAGGUCCCAGCCCUGCACCGUCUCCGUAUAAAAGCGCCGCCGCCUCCCCGCCCGCCCUCACUCCCUGCCGCCUGCGGAGCCGCCGCCGAGCGGCCCUUCUCCCCUCAUCGCCCCGGAGCCGCGGGGCGGAGUGGGGGACCGCGAUGGCCACCGUGGUGGUGGAAGUGGACUCGGAGCCCUCCUGCAGCAUCCCCAACCCCACCUCCCCCUCGCCCAGCCUCUCGCACCGCUUCCUGGACAGCAAGUUUUACCUGCUGGUGGUCAUCGGCGAGCUGGUGACCGAGGAGCACCUGCGUCGGGCCAUCGCCAACAUCGAGCGAGGAAUCCGAUCAUGGGACACAAACUUGAUUGAAUGCAACUUGGAUCAAGAACUGAAACUUUUUGUAUCUCGCCAUUCAGCUCGAUUCUCUCCUGAUGUUCGAGGUCAGAAAAUUCUUCACCACAGAAGUGACAUCUUAGAAACUGUAGUCCUGAUCAAUCCCUCGGAUGAAGCAGUUAGCACCGAGGUGCGUUUAAUGAUCACAGAUGCUGCAAGACACAAGCUCCUUGUACUAACUGGACAGUGCUUUGAAAACACAGGAGAACUCAUUCUUCAGUCAGGGUCCUUCUCCUUCCAGAACUUCAUCGAGAUCUUCACAGAUCAAGAGAUUGGUGAAUUAUUGAGCACCACACAUCCUGCCAACAAAGCCAGCUUAACUCUUUUCUGCCCUGAGGAAGGGGACUGGAAAAAUUCCAAUCUUGAUCGACACAACCUUCAAGACUUCAUUAACAUUAAGCUCAACUCAUCUUCCAUAUUGCCUGAAAUGGAAGGACUUUCUGAAUUUACAGAGUAUCUGUCAGAAUCGGUAGAAGUGCCAUCACCCUUUGACAUUUUGGAACCUCCAACCUCAGGAGGCUUCUUGAAACUCUCCAAACCCUGCUGUUAUAUUUUCCCGGGUGGAAGAGGAGACUCUGCAUUGUUUGCGGUGAAUGGAUUCAACAUGCUUAUCAAUGGAGGAUCUGAAAGAAAAUCUUGCUUUUGGAAGCUUAUCCGGCAUUUGGACAGGGUAGAUUCUAUUCUACUCACUCACAUCGGAGAUGAUAACCUGCCAGGAAUCAAUAGCAUGCUUCAGAGAAAAAUAGCUGAAUUAGAAGAGGAGCAGUCUCAAGGGUCUACUACCAACAGUGACUGGAUGAAAAAUCUGAUCUCACCUGAUUUAGGAGUUGUAUUCCUUAAUGUACCUGAGAACCUGAAGAAUCUGGAUCCUAACAUUAGAGUUAAAAGGAGUGUCGAAGAAGCUUGCUUUACACUCCAGUAUUUAAAUAAAUUGUCUAUGAAACCAGAACCUCUUUUCAGAAAUGUGGGAAAUACCAUUGACCCCAUUAUUUUAUUUCAGAAAAUGGGAGUUGGCAAACUUGAGAUGUAUGUGCUUAAUCCUGUCAAAAGUAGCAAAGAGAUGCAAUAUUUUAUGCAACAGUGGAGUGGUACUAACAGAGAUAAAGCUGAAUUUCUGCUACCAAAUGGCCAAGAACUAGACAUUCCAUUAUCCUAUUUCACUUCUGUUUCAUCCCUGAUUGUGUGGCAUCCAGCUAAUCCUGCAGAAAAAAUAAUUCGAGUUCUGUUUCCUGGAAACAGCACCCAGUAUAAUAUUCUAGAAGGACUAGAAAAGCUCAAACACUUGGACUUCCUUAAACAACCAAUGGUUACACAAAAAGACCUAACUGGAAACAUUGCUAGUCCAGCUGUGAAACAAGCAAAGUUGAAACAGCGAACUGACAGCAAGGAGAGUCUCAAGCCUGCUGCAAAGACACCACCAAGCAAGACUGCCAGAAAAGAAUCUAAAGAAGAAACUCCAGAGCCUGCAAAGCCUAGUCCAGCACCAGAAAAGACUCAGAAAUUAGAAAGCAAAGAAAAAGUUCCAGUUAAAAAAGAGAAACCAGCAAAACCAGAAGCCAAACCUAUAGUGGCAGAAAAAGAUAUAACAAGUAAGGAAGAACAAUUACUGAAAUCUGAAACUCCUGAAAAACAAGCUACAGAUGUAAAACCAAAAGUGACAAAGGAGAAACCAGUGAAAAAGGAAGUCAAAGCAAAAGCUGAAGAAAAGAAAGAGGAAAAAGAAAAAACAAAGAAAGAGGUUGCUAAAAAGGAGGAGAAAACUCCCAUCAAAAAAGAGGAAAAACCCAAAAAAGAAGAGAUCAAGAAAGAAGUUAAAAAAGAGGUGAAAAAGGAGGAGAAGAAGGAAAUUAAGAAGGAAGUGAAGAAAGAAGCUCCACCAAAGGAAGUGAAGAAAGAAGCUAAAAAAGAAGAGAAAAAAGAAGUUAAGAAGGAAGAAAAAGAAGCCAAAAAGGACAUCAAAAAGGUUCCUAAAGAAACAAAGAAGACACCCACUCCUUCAGCUGAAACCAAAAAGCCAGCAGCAAAACCUAAACCACAAAAGAAGGAGGAACCUGCUAAAAAAGAAGCAGUACCUGCUGGAAAACCAAAGGAAAAGGGAAAAAUUAAGACUGUGAAGAAGGAGAUCAAAGUCAGUGGAGCACAAGCUGCCCUUGCAGCCGUUGGAGCUGCUGCCACAACAGUAGCUGCUGUAGCAGCUGCAGAAAUUACAGCUAGCGGAAAAGAACUUGAGGCAGAGAGGUCCCUUAUGUCUUCACCAGAAGAUUUAACAAAGGAUUUUGAAGAAUUAAAAGCUGAAGAAGUGGAAACAAUAAAAACAACAAAACCUCAGGUUGCACUCAUUGAGGAUGAAUUGAAGCUCUCCGGCAAAGAACAAAAAGAGGCCUUUGAUAUCCAAAAGGAAAAAUUAGACAAUGAAGGACCUGCUGAGUCCUCUGACGAAGGCAUAACUACCACAGAGGCUGAGGGUGAGUGUGGACAGACACCUGAAGAAUUAGAACCUGUGGAAAAGCACAGGGUUGAUGACAAUGAAAAGUUUGAAGAUGAGGGAACUGGCCUGGAAGAAUCAUCUGAAGCAGGAGAUUAUGAGGAGAAGGCAGAGACAGAAGAAGCUGAAGAACGAGGUGAAGAUGAGGAAGAAAAGACACCACUUGACACCACAAAACCAUACAUGGAAGAAGCAAGAAAAGUGGGUAAGAGUGCAGAAGAAAUAAUGGCUGAAACAGAUGCUAAUAUCAAAGAUGAAAAAUAUAUCGAAAAGGCAGAUUAUGAGGCAUCAGAUGAACGGGCUGAGGAGGACAGGGAAGAAGCAGUAGAAAAGGCAGAAACUGAAGAGACUGAAGAAGAAGAAGAAGACAAAGCAGAAGACAUCAGAGAUGAAGAGGAGACUGAAAAAAUAGAAGCUGAAGAAGACUAUGUGAUGGCUGUGGUAGACAAAGCUGCAGAAGCUGGUGAAGUUGAAGAUAAAUAUGGCCUACUCAUUAUUACACCAACAAAACGCUCAGAGCCUCAGUCUCCAGCAGUUGAACCAGCCUCUUCAAUCCAUGAUGAGACAUUACCUGGUGGUUCAGAAAGUGAAGCCACUGUUUCUGAUGAAGAAAAUAGAGAAGAUCAACCUGAGGAAUUCACUGCUACUUCGGGUUAUACACAGUCUACCAUUGAAAUAUCUAGUGAACCGACUCCAAUGGAUGAAAUGUCUACGCCCCGGGAUGUUAUGAGUGAUGAAACUAACAAUGAGGAAAGUGAGUCACCGUCUCAGGAGUAUGUGAAUAUUACCAAGUACGAGACAUCACUGUACUCUCAAGAGUUUGGUAGGCCUAAACUUUCUCCACUUCCAGAUGCUCUUAAUGGAUUAUCAGAAGGAUCCAAAACAGAGGCCACAGAAGGUAAAGACUAUAAUGCCUCAGCUUCUACCAUCUCACCACCUUCUUCAUUAGAGGAAGACAAAUUCUGCAAAUCUGUGUUCCAGGAUGUGUACCGGCAAAAAGAAAGUGAAAUCCAAGGCACUGCCAAAUUAGAAAUCAAAGAAACCUGUCCAGAAGAUGUUUCUGGAAAACUUAGUCCAGCCAAGAGUCCAGCUGAUAGUUUGUCCCCUCCAUCACCAGUUGCCAAAACACCACUGGGUGAACGCAGUGUCAACUUUUCACUCAUUCCUAAUGAGAUCAAGGUCUUGGCUGAGCCUGCCCCCGUUGCUGCAUUGCCCAGUGUACGUCAAGAAGUUGCUGAAGAGCACUGUGCAAGCCCUGAAGAUAAAACAUUAGAAGUAGCAUCUCCCUCACAGUCUGCUGCUGGUAGUGCUGGUCACACACCUUAUUAUCAGUCUCCCACUGAUGAAAAAUCCAGUCAGCUUCCCUCUGAAACAAGUGAAAAGUCAACAGAAGCUCCAGUUAGCUUUGAAUUCAGCGAAGUCAAAGAUGAGUCUGCAAAACCCAGAAUAAGCCCAAUGGAUGAGCCUGUGCCAGAUUCAGAAUCUCCUAUUGAAAAGGUUCUCUCACCUCUACGGAGUCCACCACUGAUAGGUUCAGAGACCGCUUAUGAUACAUUUUUGAGUGCUGAUGUAAAGUCUCCCACCAGAGAUUAUGGAAGUCCUUCUGAGGGGAAACCUGAAAAAGAAAAAUCACCAGUUCAAAUGAGCCCAGCUUCUGAAGCCAGCUCAGUGGGGCUUUUCCAAGAAAGACAAGAUGAAAAAAGCAUGGAGUUUAUGGUAAUUAAGGAAGGCUUCAGCCUAGAGAGAAGAAUGGAGGAUACAGAACCCAGCAGCUCCCAGUCUUCACUGGUCUUGGAUGAGAGGAAGUUGACGGGUGAUCUCUCACCUACUCAAAUAGAUAUCAGUCAGUUUGGUUCCUUAAAAGAGGACACAAAAAUGUCAAUUUCUGAAGGCACUGUUUCUGAUAAGUCUGCAACUCCUGUUGAUGAGGUCGUAGCAGAAGACACAUAUUCUCAUAUUGAAGGAGUAGCUUCUGUCUCCACAGCAUCUGUUGCUACUAGUUCAUUUCCAGAACCAACUACUGAUGAUGUAUCCCCCUCUUUGCAUGCUGAGGUUGGAUCUCCCCACUCAACAGAAGUUGACGAUUCCCUUUCAGUGUCAGUUGUACAAACACCAACAACAUUUCAGGAAACAGAAAUGUCUCCAUCUAAGGAGGAGUGCCCAAGGCCUAUGUCAAUUUCUCCACCAGAUUUCUCACCUAAAACUGCAAAAUCAAGAACCCCAGUGCAUGAUCACAGAUCUCCUGAACAGUCAACUAUGUCAGUAGAAUUUGGUCAGGAAUCCCCUGAGCAGUCUUUAGCAAUGGAUUUCAGCAGGCAAUCUCCUGAAUAUCCUCCUGUAGGCACUAGCAUACAUCAUAUAUCUGAAAAUGGACCAACAGAAGUAGAUUAUAGCCCUUCAGAUAUACAGGAGCCUACUUUUGCACAGAAGAUUUCGCCUGUGGAGCAGACAUCUUACUCUCAAGAGAAGGAUAUUUCAGAAAUUAUUUCAGUUUCUCAAAUUGAAGCUUCAUCUUCAAGUUCAUCAGCUCAUACUCCUUCCCAGGUAACUUCUCCACUGCCAGAGGAAACAUUUGCAGGUGCCGCUCCACCCAGAGAUAUGUCACUUCAUUCUUCUCUUACCUCAGAAAAGGUGCAGAGCCUAGGAGAAAAGCUGUCACCAAAGUCUGAUCUAUCUCCAUUAAGUCCAAGGGAAUCUUCUCCUCUAUACUCUCCUAGUUUUCCAGAUUCGCCUCCUGCAGUCACAGAAGCAGUGUCAGCUAGUCAUGCAUCUUCAUUGUCAUUGGAAGUGUCCUCUGACAAAGCCUUUGGUUACCAGGCUGUGACAUUACAGGAACCCCUAGAAAAGCACAGCCCAGAACCUUUAUUCAGCCCAGAAAAAGAAGAUUCAGAGAAAAGCAGCAGGUCACCAGAGGAACUUAGUUAUUCUUAUGAGGCCACAGAAAAAACUGCUAGAUCACCAGAAGAUAUUAGCUACUCCUAUGAGGCAGUUGGAAAAUCUACUAAAUCGCCUGAAGCCACAGAUUAUUCCUAUGAGACAACAGGGAAAACUUCUAGGUCACCUGAAGCCACAGAUUACUCCUAUGAGAUGACAGGGAAAACCACCAGGUCACCAGGGGCCACAGAUUACUCCUACGAGAUGACAGGGAAAGCCACCAGGUCACCUGGUGAAACAGAUUAUUCCUAUGAUAUGACAGGAAAAACCACCAGGUCACCUGGGGACACAGAUUAUUCCUAUGAGACAACAGGCAAAACCACCAGAUCACCUGAGGCCACAGAUUAUUCCUAUGAGAUAAUUGGGAAAACCACCAAAUCACUUGAUGUCACAGAUUAUUCCUAUGAGAGAAUUGGGAAAGCUACCAAAUCACUUGAUGCUAUGGAUUAUUCAUUUGAGGCAACAGGGAAAACCACUAAGUCACCAGAAACCAUGGACUACUGCUAUGAGACAACUGGGAGAACCACUAGGUCACCAGAGGCCACAGCUUACUCCUACGAGACAACUGGAAAAUCCACCAGCUCACCUGAAGCCACAGAUUAUUCAUUUGAGACAACUGAGCAAGCCACCAGGUCACCUGAACCUACCAGCUAUUCCUAUGAAGCAAGUGCACAUUUUACUCCAGGAAAAUCAUUAGCAGAAUCUCGUCAAGAUGUUGAUUUAUGCCUUGUGUCCUCCUGCGAAUAUAAGCAUCCUAAAACUGAACUUUCACCUUCAUUUAUCAACCCUAAUCCCCUUGAGUGGUUUGCAAGUGAAGAGCAGUCUCAAGAUCAAGAAAAGCCAUUAACUCAGUCUGGGGGAGCCCAGCCACCCUCCGGGGGAAAGCAGCAGGGACGGCAGUGUGAUGAAACACCUCCCACUUCAGUGAGCGAGUCUGCCCCAUCUCAGACGGAUUCAGAUGUUCCCCCUGAGACUGAGGAAUGCCCUUCCAUCACUGCAGAUGCUAACAUUGACUCGGAAGAUGAGUCAGAAACCAUUCCAACAGACAAGACAAUUACAUACAAACACAUUGACCCACCACCGGUCCCAAUGCAGGAUCGCAGCCCUUCCCCUAGGCACCCUGAUGUCUCCAUGGUUGAUCCAGAGGCUUUGCCUGUUGACCAGAAUCUGGGUAAACCUUUAAAGAAGGACCUCAAGGAAAAGACGAAAACAAAAAAGCAAGGUACUAAGACCAAGUCAUCUUCUCCUGUUAAAAAAAGUGAUGGUAAAUCAAAACAAGUGGCUUCACCAAAGCCAGCUGUGAAAGAAUCUUUAGAAAAAACUUCCAAAACAGCUUCUCCAAAAAAGAAGGAGUCUGUGGAGAAGGCAACCAAAAAUAUCUCUAAUCCAGAAGUAAAGUCCCGAGUAGAAGAGAAAGAUAAGGACACCAAGAAUGCAGCAAAUACAACAGCAUCCAAGUCAGCAAAGACCGCAACCACAGGACCUGGGACUACUAAGUCAGCAAAAUCUACAGCUGUGCCUCCAGGACCUCCAGUGUAUUUGGAUCUGGUGUACAUUCCCAACCACAGCAACAGUAAGAAUGUUGACGUUGAGUUUUUCAAGAGGGUCCGGUCAUCCUACUACGUGGUGAGCGGGAACGAUGCCGCAGCCGAGGAGCCAAGCAGGGCUGUUCUGGACUCCCUGCUGGAGGGCAAGGCCCAGUGGGAGAGCAACAUGCAGGUGACCUUAAUCCCAACACAUGACUCAGAAGUGAUGAGAGAAUGGUACCAAGAGACCCACGAGAAACAGCAGGACCUCAACAUCAUGGUUUUGGCAAGCAGCAGCACGGUUGUUAUGCAAGAUGAAUCUUUUCCCGCAUGCAAGAUUGAACUGUAAGAACAAGACCACGCACCACAACGUUAAACUUUGUUUCCAGAAAUUCUUCAGUUUGAAAACACCUUUUCUAAAAAUUCAACCCAUCUAUUUCAACUGCUGAACUAUAUACCUGCCAAAUGCUAUACUGUGUCACGGUGAUGCAAGUCACUAAUAUUUUUCAGUCUUUGCUGAUUGCUAAGGGAAGUAACAGUAUUCCUAUAGUAGGGUUCAAAUUACUGCGAAAAUACAGAUCCAGUUUCAUCUCCGCUGAACGUUUGGAAACCAUGCACUAGCAACCAUAACUGACUUCUGCCAGGUAGAGGCAUUUGCCCUCUAAAGAAACACAACAAGAGAGAAAGAGAGAGAGGGGUAGGAGGAGAAAGUAAAAAAUAAUUAGAUCUGCAUUAGUCUUAUGGCAAUAGAUGUAUCGCUUACUGCAGUCUGCUUAUGCUCUCAUAUGAAAAGAAAGUUUUAAAUUUGUAUCAAUCCGAGCUAUCACAAAGGGGGUCCUUACUUUACAGAGUUAAGUUAGCUGGAAAAUGCAAAGAAAGAGAACGUGGCUAGGAAAGGACAUAAAACUUAAAACUCUCAUUAGCAGUUUUCCACUUUAAUUUGAACUCUGCAUACUGACAUACCAUAACAAUCAUAGGCCAAAUAUGCACAUUGUCUGAACCCCAUCCAGAACUCUAAAACCUUCCUUUUAACAUCCAGAAUUAUUGGUCUAAGGCAUACUCCCAGCAAAAGUCCACUUACUCCACUCAGAAUUGACCAGUCCACAUGCUUAAACACCCAUGUCAACUGUUGAUUGACUGAAGCAAAAUACCAAAGCAGUUGGGAGUACAUACAGUAGACAAUUUGCCUUAGAAAGUGACUUGAAUGUACAAAGAAACUCGAUGCACUUAUUUUUUACUGUUGAGACAGCAAAUUUAUAAACACCAGUGUAGGAUCAUAGUUACACCAGUAAAGAAGUGUGAGUGUGCAUGUGUGGUACUAGAAACCUAUCUGACUGGUCAAAUGGCUCGGUGCUAUGAAUUACAUAUCUUAGUCAUGUGAACACUUCAUUGGUGCACCUGGACAGCAGAAGAAGGCAAGACAAGCAUUUCUUUUGAAAGCUUCUUUUGUACUGUGGAAGCAGGAUUGAAGUGGUGUCCAGUAUCAGAGUUGCAAAACUUAGUGAAAUUUUCAGAAUGAUAAAAAGGUUACCUGCGAGUCUGUACAGUAUUCAACCUUCCUUUGUCUUACAUUAUUUUAUUUGUUUAAUUUAAGAAUGAAUAUGGGAACAAAUGUACAGAAACCUUUUUUUAGCAAUGUGUGAACUUUUAAUAGAUGAAUUUUUAACAAAAGUUUUCAUUUACAGGAAAACGCAAAGAAAAAUUUUUCAGGUGAAGGCAGUUUUUUUAGUAGUUUUGUAAGAUAAAUGAAUAAUGUUGUUUAAGGUUCUAGUGAGAAUGGAUAUUAAACUAAAAUUUAUUGAAAAUA